UCUACUGGAGACAUUUCAACAAUACUGGUAGACUUGGGGAUUUUGGUCACGGACAGUGCUAUUCGCUAUCAUCAGAUGCCUGUGCUACGCCGAACACGAAAUUCCAGGAAAAUGAACAGUGAGACUCUUCAAGCCAUCGAUCCACUGAUGGCUGGUGAUGAUAAUAAUCUAUCGACAAAUGCCAUGUGGAAUCUGCUGGAAACACAACACGGCAAAAAAAACGUUCUAAGCAUAGUCAUGAGACAGUUGCAGAAACUUCAGUGGGCUUAUGGAACGGCUCGUUUCAACACAAGGAUUCGUCUGACAAACAAACAACWUCGCAUGGUGCAGGCCUAUGCGUGGAUCAAUCCGCUCAAACUCCAUGUGUGGAGAGCAAUUCGUCGCCAGGGACCAGGCCCAUAUUGGAUUUUUGAUGGUUUCUUUGAGGUAGAAAUCAUCAAGAGAUAUGCUGGGCCCUAUGUCAGAGAGGUGUUUCUGGGACCACAUCGUUCCUUUCAAGACAAUCACCCAACACACACUGCCGCACGGGUUUGCAUUGCAAAUGAGGGCAUCAACUGGUUCGMGACACCAGCAGAGUCUCCUGAUUUAAACCCCAUCAAACUGGUUUGGCGUCAACUGAAAACAUUCAUCCGUAMCUCUGCCAAGCCUACAAGCAAAGGUGAACUGGUGAAGGCCAUCAAGACRUUUUGUUUUGAGAAACUGACGAUACAACRWUGCAACAAAUACAUUGAUCAUCUCAGCAAGGUUUUACCCKUMGUCGUGGAGCUGAAGGGAAGUGCAACUAAAAUGUAGCUGAGAUGUACAGUAAUUGAAAUAAACAUCUGCAUUUUAAAAGUC